UUGACAUUAUCGUGUAAGGCAGCAGGUGCUUGAGCUCUACUACUUUCAAGAUGAGUGACCAAGCGAUUAGCUUUCUGAAGGACUUUUUAGCUGGCGGGAUUGCUGCAGCUAUAUCUAAGACUGCUGUGGCCCCAAUCGAAAGAGUGAAGCUGUUGCUGCAGGUCCAGCAUGCCAGCAAGCAGAUUUCAGUUGACAUGCAAUACAAGGGAAUUAUGGACUGCGUGGUCCGAAUUCCCAAAGAACAAGGCUUCAUUUCCUUCUGGAGAGGCAAUCUUGCUAAUGUCAUCCGUUAUUUCCCAACCCAAGCUCUUAAUUUUGCCUUUAAGGACAAGUACAAGCAGAUCUUUCUGGGGGGUGUAGACAGGCACACUCAGUUCUGGAGGUUUUUCGUUGGUAACCUGGCAUCUGGAGGAGCUGCUGGUGCCACUUCCCUGUGCUUUGUGUACCCUCUGGAUUUCGCCAGAACCCGUCUAGCUGCUGAUGUCGGUAAAGGCCCAGCCCAGAGAGAGUUUGGUGGCCUUGCAGAUUGCAUUGCCAAAAUCUGGAAGUCAGACGGUGCUAAAGGUCUCUACCAGGGAUUCAAUGUUUCUGUCCAGGGUAUCAUCAUUUACAGAGCUGCCUACUUUGGUGUCUAUGAUACCGCUAAGGGCAUGAUGCCAGAUCCCAAGAAUGUGCACAUUUUCGUAAGCUGGAUGAUUGCUCAGAGUGUCACUGCCGUAGCUGGUCUUGUCUCCUAUCCCUUCGACACUGUCCGACGUCGUAUGAUGAUGCAGUCUGGUAGGAAAGGAGCUGAUAUCAUGUACAAGGGAACAAUUGACUGCUGGAAGAAGAUUUCCAAAGAUGAAGGACCUAAAGCCUUCUUCAAGGGUGCCUGGUCCAACGUUCUGAGAGGCAUGGGUGGUGCAUUUGUCCUCGUAUUGUAUGACGAAAUCAAGAAAUAUGCAUAACCUAAUAAAUAUGACAUGUUAAUCCUUUCUAUAUAGUUCAUAAAGACUCAUAAUGCAUCUGAUUUCAGGGGACAAAAAUCCUAUUUCCUAGGGAAAUUAACAGAGCGUAAAGGGCAGGUAUGCAACAAGAACACAUAGCGUAUUCUUAGCCUGUGCACUUUAGGAUGCAUAUUGUGUACACGUUAAGAAUUGGUACAAUCUCAUCUCUUGUAAGUUGUUGCAUUUCGUAUGCUUG